UAUCCAUGGACCCAUCAUUACACUUGGCAAACUCAGAAGUAAAGAAUGAGCCCCCCUGCUGCUGCUGAGGAACCUGAAGAUGCUUUAAAGGAGAAAGCCGGAAGGUUUAAUUACAGUAUUAUUAUACACUCAGAUGUGACUGAUGGAAAUAAGAAGAAGGAGAUACAGGAUAUUUGUACAACUGCCUGUGAACGCCAUGCAUCAGGUGACAAGCCGCCUAUUCUAAGAAAUAAUGAGUUAUGUGCCUCGACAAUAGUCGACAUGCUUGGGAAAAAAUUCGGAGGGGGCUGGAGUGCUGUUGUUGGAGAAGGAUUCAGUUUUCAAAUAACUCAUGCUACAAACACUCUGCUUUAUAUGUACUUUGGAGGACAUCUUGCUGUCUGUGUCUGGAAAACUGAUUGAAACAUGCCAAUCUUUAAAUUUAUGAAAAAAUAAUUUAGAAAUAAAUCGCUGAUUCAUUUUA